AUAGGAGAAUAGCGGCGGACACCCGACACCUCCCCUUGGAAGGGACGCAACGAGCAAGCAAAGCGGUGGUAAAAAACUGCGGUGGCGAGAGGAGGCGAGGCGAGCAGCUCCACCAUCCAGCCCGCCGAGCUUUCAGCAGAGGCUUUCCAUGGUCUGAAUCCUACGCCGGGUCUCCAGCAAGCGGAGCAAGCGGGCGAGAAAGCCCUCGCGCUUUCCCCACUGCCUUCCGUCCACUCAAACCCCGACGCCGGGGAGGAAGAGGAACCGGACCUGGCGGCGCUGGGCAUCCAAGGAACCCCCCGCCGCGAAUCGCUCGCUCUCCCUUGCGGUAUCCGUCGAUCACACCGCUAUCAUGAGCAUCCUGGAAAACUUGCAUGCUUGAUGUACCCAGCUACUUUCGUUACGAAAAAUUGUUGUGAUCAAGUUGGUUGAAGUAUUCACAGCAGUGUGGAUCUGUUGGUCAGUUAUUGGUAUUAAGGCCACUGGCACUUUCCUUAUAGCUGUAGAACAAAUGGGAGAAGCACACUCGGAUGAAUUUUGCCAGUGCCAGGGGUGUGUUGGCAAGUAUACGCUACUCAGAGAUGAAGAAAACCCAAGGCUGGCAAUCUUUGAGAGACGGCUUCCUUGCUGUGGUUGUGGGAUAGGGUGGUCUUCUUUUCUUUUAGGUUUCGUGUGCCCAUUGAUAUGGUACUUUGCAGCCACUCUUUACUGCUGCAAGUACUACAAUAGGGAUCCUCGAGAGCGCCCUGGUCUUGCUGCCUCAGCUGUUGCGGCACUCAUCUUCACAGUUCUGGCAAUCAUCGCUCUCACAGUGACGCUGAUAAUCUGUGCACACAAGUAACCUCCAGAGCAGGGAAACAUGGCGGUUGGACCUGUUGUUGGUAGCUCAGGCAUUCAGGAGGAACUUGUAUUUUAAGUGGUAGCAAGUUCUUUAUUGAAACGUAGUUACCAUCUCUCGUGGUUCCUCUGUUUUAACGAGAAAUUUAGGAUGUCCAUUGCUCUUUCGCAAACUCUGCGCCCGGCUUAAUUUUUCGCCAUGGUCCAAGUUCUUGAAUCUGUGAUUCUAUUGAAUUCC